UGCGCGCGUCCUGACUGAGGUUUUGGUCGCCGACACAGUCACACAGACUCUUGUCAGAGAGAGCGGAGGGCUGCGCGUCGGACAGGAGGAGCUGGGUAAAGCGCACGGGCUCGGCGCAUGUAUUUGCCCGUUUUUCUUUCCAGCCUUCGAUUCCGCCGCGUCUCGUAUCGGAUGCUGGAUGCAAACCAUCCCCGCGUCAAGAAUACACCUCUGACGGACAAACCAUGGACAGUCUAGGCAGCCGCUGUAAGAUUGUGGUGGUAGGGGACACGCAGUGUGGGAAAACGGCACUGUUGCACGUUUUUGCCAAGGACUGUUACCCAGAGAACUACGUGCCCACGGUGUUUGAAAACUACACAGCCAGUUUUGAGAUAGACAAGCAGCGGAUUGAGCUGAACAUGUGGGACACGUCAGGUUCGUCUUAUUACGACAAUGUGAGGCCGCUGGCGUAUCCCGAUUCAGACGCUGUACUCAUCUGUUUCGACAUCAGCCGCCCAGAGACUUUGGACAGCGUCAUAAAGAAGUGGCAAGGGGAGACACAAGAGUUUUGUCCCAACGCCAAAGUGGUGCUGGUGGGCUGUAAACUGGACAUGAGGACGGACGUCAACACCCUGAGGGAACUCUCCAAGCAGCGGCUCAUCCCUGUCACUCAUGAACAGGGCAGCACGAUAGCUCGACAGAUGGGGGCGGUGGCCUACGUGGAGUGCACCUCCAAGGUUUCAGAGAACAGCGUUCGAGAUGUGUUCCACAUCACCACGCUGGCGUCGGUGCGGCGGCCGCACAAGCCGCAGUUAAAACGCAGCAGUUCCCGCAGGGGCCUGAAGCGAGUUUCACAGCUCCCCCUGCCACCCCUGCCAGGUCGGACUGAGCAAAUGGACCAGGCCCCGGCCAUGAGGAAGGACCGAGCCAAGAGCUGUGUGCUCAUGUAGAGACCCAUUAUUAUAAAUAUAUAUAUGUAUAUAUACAAACACAGAAAUAUAUAACAGAGGAAGUCUAUUUAUUGUUUUUUGUUGUUGUUUUUUCCUCAUAUUUUCAUUUUUUGCACUGCAGAGGAGUGAGGAAAAAAGAAACACUGCGCUGUGAAAAGAAAUGCUUUGGAUUUUUCCUCUUUUUUUGUUGCCUGUGUGCAUAUUUUCUAAGCUGUUUACAUAUUUGUGUGGUUUUGAAAUGAUGGGCAAAUUGGACUAACUCUCCGGACACGAGGAAGCUGGGAUAGUGGAAGUGCCGUCUAGUCCUGGGUAUUAAAGAGGAGUGAGCUUCCUGAAACGGCUCUAAUAAGAGGACGGUGCAGCAGUGAAGCGAGGAGAGUGAAGUGCGUGUGAGGAGAAUGGUGUUGGAGCAGGACGCCUGUGGAUGAGGCCUGUUGUUUUCAAAGACAGUGUUUCUGAGCGGACACGAAGACUAAUUGUCCGGCUGCACAGUCUGAAGUCCCUUCCCGUUGCCAUAUUUGAGAGGAGAACUUGUAUGUGCAGUCAUGCUGAAAAGGGAUUAGGUGAAUAAUGGCUCAAACCAAACAUUAGGAGCUGGAAAUGAGACUUGUGUGACACUGACUGAAAUAUCGUGAAGGUGUGUGUGAGCAUUACUACCACAAGUGCAUUUUAAGGAAAAAAAAAAAAAAAAAAAAAAAGAAGUCACAACAUAUCUGAUUUUAUUUUUUGCUUUUUAUUUUUAACUCUAUUUCUCUCAUCAACUCCCAAUUGUGUCUGUUUGAUUCACUGAAGUUAAUGCUGUUGUCGCAAUUUUAAAGAUGUUUCUUUGUGGAAAAUAAAGUGAUAAAAUGUUA